AUGGAUCUACAGGCGGAUCUUCGAGCACAAAACCUCUUCAAAUUCGACCACCAUGUUGCACUGAUCACUGGAGGAGCCUCUGGUCUGGGCGAGGUCGCCGCGCAAGCCUUUGUGCAAAAUGGCGCUAAAGUCUUCAUCGCCAGCCGGAAGGAAUCUGAACUGAAACGGUGCGCUUCAAGGCUGAAUAACCUUGGUCCCGGAAAAUGCGAGUACAUAGUUGCCGACCUCAAAGACAAGGCUGGCUGCGAUCAUCUGGCAUCAGAAAUCAAGAAACGGACAGACCGUCUGACAGUCUUGAUCAACAAUUCUGGCGCUACCUGGGGUGCCCCCGCAGAUGACUUUCCAGAACACGGUUGGGACAAAAUCAUGGCAUUGAACGUGAAGUCAAUCUUCUACUUGACCAUCGCUCUCGUACCACUUCUCGAAAAGAGCACCUCGCGACAGCAGCCUUCUAGAGUCAUCAACUUAUCCUCUAUGGCUGGGAUUGCGACGUCUGAUCCUACCUCCACUGGAGAAGGCGGCUUGUCAGUUGCAGGAAGCGGACCCUACAGCUAUGGUCCAUCCAAAGCAGCUUGCAUUCAUUUAUCUCGACAGCAAGCGUCGCAGUUCGCCCCGAAGAACAUCCUAGUAAACUGCAUCUGCCCGGGGCUGUUUCCCUCCCGAAUGUCAAACUAUGGCAUUCAGAAGGGUCUUGAAUUCUUCCUCAGCAUCCAACCCACUGGAAGAAUUGGGACCCCCGAAGAUUUUGCUGGCCUGGUUCUAUUCCUUUCAAGCCGCGGAUCUGAUCAUAUUACGGGGAAUGUGAUAGAGAUUGAUGGUGGCAGCGUCCGCACUGGCUUCAAAUCCACAAAAAAUAGCUCUAAGAUUUGA